AUGUUGGCCAUAUUCUGGUGGAGUCAGAGAAAGGAAGAGAGGAAGAUUCACUGGGUCAGUUGGGCAAAAAUGUGUGAAUCCAAAAAUAAAGGUGGACUUAGUUUUAAAGAUCUACGAGUUUUUAAUAUGGCAUUGCUGGCUAAGCAAGGGUGGAGAAUCUUGCAAGAAGAUGGAAGCCUGCUGCAGAAAAUCUACAAGGCAAAGUAUUUUCCAAAAGCUCAUUAUUUUUAUGCCUCUAUAGGUACUAACCCCUCUUAUGCUUGGAAGGGAAUUUGGGAAGCUAUGAAUCUCCUUCUCAAAGGAGGCAGGUGGAGCAUAGGGAAUGGCAAGUCUGUUAGGAUUUGGAAGGACUACUGGGUACCAGGCCAUCCAAAUCCAGAAAGGGAGUCUGCCUAUGUAGAAUUCGCAUCAACUGAAGCCAAUGUGGGAGAACUGACUGAUUGA